GGCAGGCAGCGGCAUCGCGCAGCGGUGGAACGCUGCCCGUGUACGACUCCCUAGAGCAGCACCAGCUCGGUGGAGUCAGCCAGAGUCUUCCCACAGCAGCUCGGAGUCAGCCCCGUGUGUUUUCCCAGAGGCUUCCCUCAGACGGCGAGGCAGCGAUACACCGGGCAUCCGACCCGCGCUGCACCGCCGGCAGACAGAGGACCUGGGAAGAAAAAAACACAACAAUCGCCAGGUAGCAUGACGCACCAGAAAUUGGCACUUGCUGGAGUUUCCGAGGGGCUCGCUCCAGACAGUGAGCGCGAGCAGCACACAGCCAAUAAAUAGCCUUGUUGCAACCACAUUCGCGUGCUAUUUUGCACAAUAAUAGGACCGGGGGGUUCUUUCAUCCGUCGUCUGGUCUAGUCUAGUGCCACUGCCUAUCUGCGCUGCGUGCAUUCGUAGUUGUCGGUGGCGUAGUUACUAGUUAGUUUAUGGUGACGUACAGGGGUUCACUCUCGCCGUGAUGUCAUUAUUUCUCUGGGGGAGGCUAUAAAAACUCGGGCUUUUCGCCGGCCGCCGCUCUACGUAUGUGAGACUCUUCUUUUGAAACGUGGGUUCCCGCACGCAACGCACGGCACGAGAUAUCGGUUGUGUGUGUUCCGAUAGCCGGGCAGGACUGGUCCAUUCCCAAGCACCGGCGACCUCCAUUGGCCUCGUCCGUGGGGAGGAACGCAGCGGGAAGCGGUGCCGUGACUGACACACAACACGAGCGGACUUCAUUCCCAAGGUGUACAACGUGACGGCUGCUCAGGGUCCGCAACUUGGGACGUAACUUUUCGCCUCGCCUGGUGAAAUUUUGUGGAGGAACUGCAAGCAGAGUUGACGGCGCAUGUCUAUAUGCUGUCACUCAGGGUAGUCUACUUUGACAUGGAUUCAUCUCGAUGAGAAUGGAAAUUAAGUAGGGGUCCUUUUUAAUUAGUAUGAAGCCAGUAUUUUGGGUGCUCCCACGGAUACUUCUAAGUCGCGUAGAAGAAGCCUGCACCAAGUACGUGAGUUAUCCUAAGGAAGUCUCGGUAUCAAUAAUGGGACAACGCGUGUUGAUGAUAUAGGAUUUUAUAGUCGUUGCUCCGCGAGAGUCAUUGGAAAGAACAGCGCGAGGAUGAGUGGCGGAGGCCGGGAGCUGCCGCCGGUCAACUGCUCCCCGGCGGUCGCAGCCAACGCUGAGGGGGACGCGAUCGAGGUGUUGGAGAGCGCCGACAUCCUUCCCGUCGCGCCAGAGGACCAAUGGAAGUCUCUGUUUGACAAGUAUGACCCGGAGAGCUCUGGUUUCAUCAGCACCGAGCGGUUCCGGGACCUUCUGGCGACUCAUGGGUCAGAGCUGGACCCCCACAAACUGGAGGUCCUGCUGGCGCUGGCUGAUAACAACGCAGACGGAAAGAUCUGCUACCAGGACUUUGUCAACCUGAUGAGUAACAAGCGCUCCAACAGCUUCCGCAGAGCCAUCCUCCAGGGGGGCCGGCAGCUGAAGGGCAGUGCCCUACGGGAGGAGGUGGGCCUGGGCCUGUCCCAGAGGCUGGUCCGCCACGUGGCCUACGAGACGCUUCCCCGCGAGGUGGACCGCAAGUGGUACUUCGACAGCUACACCUACUGCCCCCCGCCCUGGCUCAUCCUCUUCAUCACUGUGGCUGAGGUGGUGGUCUUCAUGUACUACGGCUUCCAGCUGGACCGCUGGGUCCUGCAGGUGUCCAGCCCGUCCUACCUGAAGGGCCCCCUUCCCUACCAUCCUCAGCUCCGCUCCCAGGCAUGGAGAUACCUCAGCUACGCCUUCAUGCACACUGGGAUCGAGCACCUGAGUCUGAACAUGGCCAUGCAGCUGCUAGUGGGGGUUCCUCUGGAGAUGGUCCACGGAGCGCUGAGGAUCACACUCAUCUACGUCUGUGGAGUACUGGCUGGCUCACUGGCGGUGUCGGUCACAGACAUGACAGCCCCGGUGGUCGGUUCCUCCGGAGGAGUGUAUGCGCUGGUCUCGGCCCACCUGGCCAACGUUGUCAUGAAUUGGUCGGGCAUGAAGUGCCAGUUCAAGUUGUUUCGGAUGGCCAUGGCCUUGGUUUGCAUGAGCGUUGAGUUUGGCCGGGCGGUCUGGCUGCGGUUCUACCCUCAGGCCUUCCCCCCCUGUCCCAACCCCAGCUUUGUGGCCCACCUCGGGGGGGUGGCGGUGGGGUUGACCAUGGGCGUGGUGAUCCUCCAGAACUACGAGCAGAGGCUCCAGGAGCAGUCCCUGUUCUGGAUCUUCUUCUGUGUGUACACCCUCUUCGUGCUCUGCGCCGUCUUCUGGAACGUCUUCGCCUACUCCCUGCUGGACGUGCGACUGCCACCGCACCCGUGAGGAGCCCCUGGUGCUUUGCUGCUACCCCUCCAGCAGGAGAUGCUGGGGUGAGAGGGCCUUGCUGGUGCUGUCCCCAGGGCUCUGCUCUGGGGACCCUUUUACACCUGAACCUGAAGCUUAAGCUCACCGGGGGUUCAUCAAGCCACCCUUCUUCUCAUCCAUCUUCAUUCCACAAGCCCUUGGUUCCUUCCUUUAUCCGUCCUCAUACUGUCCUUCUCCCCUCAUCUCUAUAAAUAUGUACACAGCAUUUGGUGGAUGCUUUUAUCCAAAGUGUCUUACAGCACCCGGUGUGCAUACAUUUUGAGCAUGGGUGACCCCAGUGGGAAUAGAACGCCGUAACCCUGUGUGUAAAUGCUCUACCAGUUGAGCUAGACAGGACCAUCUGACUGCUGUCUGUUUAUGUCAUGUUUUGUUAGCCAAUGGGGAGACUAGGGUAAAUGGUGUUGGGCCAAUUGCAGCCAAUACCACAAACUAAACAAGCACAGUGAAUCACACACGUUUCAGCCCUACGGUUCCACUCAACGGUGCCUACUCAUCCUAAAGUCAGCUAUAAUCCAUCUGUACAACCAGCUUUAACGUAGGCUUACAGCCGGGAUGGCCUGUUCUAUAAGCUGCCUUCAAACCAAACACUUUCUUCUGUGACAGUACCUUCAUUCUAUGUUGCAUGUAGUGACAUGGAAAUAACCGGCGUAAAAGGAAAUCGAUUUCAUUGGACCAUUUCAUUCUUCACUACAGAUUUGAAGUGAGCAAAACAUGUUGAGAUUGGUAAACCUCUUUUGCUGUGCAAGGGGGAAAAAAGGGAAAACAGAGGGUUUGAAAAUGUAAACCUCUACCAGUACUGUUAUGAUUAUAUUUGUGAGUGGAGAUUUAAAGUACUAGUCAGUGUUGUCAGCUGUGUGUUGUGCUUCCUCAAGAGAUAAGUCUCCAGCUUUCAGCAGUAUUUUAGCCUCUGUGCUUGUUUAACGUCUUACUGUGUUGAGUCAGGCCUUUGGAGCAUUAUGUACAACACUAAUGAAAUUAAAGUGCCAUUCAAACUCUUAGUGGUAAAAAAUAAAUGUUGCCAAAGUGUCUGCCACAAGCACUGGUACACAAAAGACCAGAGGGCACUCACCGAGUGCUUCACUUGUUAGCAAAGCUUAGCCUCUUUGGUUACUUGUUAGUUAAAAUAACUGAAAAAGUACAGCUAAUGCAACUAAAGUUUCAGACUUACAGUUGACAUUUGGUUGAUGGCCAAGAAUGCCAAAAAGGUCAAAUUAAUUUGAUUUAGCUAUCUCUGAAAAGACUAUAAGAAAAAACUAAUUACGAUUUUGGCUUAACAUCUUUCCCAAUUGGGAAAAUUAGUUUUAUUUUCAUAAAUGCUAAAGAGGAUAGCAUAAGACACAGUGUUCCAUUUCAGUUUGAAAAGUCAACAGAGGGAAAUGAUCACCAAGUAGCAAUAUGUCCUAUAGUAUAAUAAAAACACAAUCAACUGCUGAAUGAACCAGUGACGAAGUUCCAUUUACAAUGUAUUACGCUCCAAAUUAAUUAAGAUGGAUGCCAAUCCGGAGCUCUACAGACUCAUGUUGAACAGGUUAAGCUCUUGCACAGAAUUGAAUAUAAACUAAUGAUUAACUGAUAAGUAUUUUAAAAUACAAUUGCUAUUUUUAACCAGUUGAUAUUGAUGUUCUGGAAGGUGUUUGCAUUGUGAUAUUGUAGGUAUAUAAUGUGUGUAAACUAUAUUUAAAACAAAACUAAUUUGGUUAAAACUGAUCUGGGAUUGUAUAUAAUAAGGGCUAUGACAUAUAACUGAGUGAAUUGUUGACAAUAUUUUAGCAUUGUGCAUAUUUUGUAGAUUUGAUAUGUAAAUACUGGAGUCCAUUAAACAAUUUUAUUUAAUUACCA